GGAGAAUUUGUUGCCACAGUUCCAUCAAUUAAUAUUUAUAGAAGUUUAACAACUUUAAGGUAGGAAAUCUUAAAUGCAUAAACAUUCAUAUAAUUUUGUUCUUCCUCGUGAUACCACCUUAAGCUCACUCUAGCUCUUUGGCUAGUAGCUGCUUCAGUCUUCAGAAUCCAAAGAUGUUUGCUGUAAAGGUCAAGGAGGGGGAGGAAGGCCGUGACGGGCAGCCAUCAGUGGGCCCCAUAUACCGGAAUCUCUUGGCUAAGCAUGAAUUUCCUCCAACUAAUCCCGACUUAUCUACUGCUUGGGAACUCUUAAAAGAUUCAGUAGAGAAGCAUCCAAAAAAUAAAAUGUUGGGGUGGCGAGAGCUCGUGAAGGGAAAGUGGAGUCCAUAUUUCUGGAAAACCUACAGUGAAGUGUUUGAAGAAAUUCUGCAGACUGGUUCUGCAUUGCGAGCGCAUGGUGUUGAACCUGGUGCUCGUAUUGGAAUUUAUGGAUCCAAUUGCCCUCAGUGGAUCGUGGCAAUGGAGGCCUGCAGUGCCCAGAACCUUAUUUGUGUUCCACUCUAUGACACCCUUGGAUCUGGGGCUGUUGAUUAUAUAAUAGGCCAUGCUGAGGUUGAUGUAGUUUUUGUCCAAGACAAGAAAGUGAAAGAACUGUUUAGUGAUGAAUGUACUCACUUGAAACGGCUUAAAGUUGUUGUUUGUCUCACUUCGCUAACAAUACAAGAGAAGGAUAUGGCUGUGUCCAUGGGUAUCCAGCCAUACUCUUGGAAUGAGUUUCUUGAAAUGGGUAAGAAGUAUCCAACAGAGGUUACACCACCACAGCCAUAUCAUAUUUGCACAAUAAUGUACACUAGUGGAACUAGUGGAGAGCCAAAAGGUGUUGUUUUGACCCAUGAAAAUAUUGCAUCAGCUGCCAGAGGGUUGGAUCUUUUUAUGGACCAGUUUGAAGAUAAGAUGACAGUUGAUGAUGUGUACAUAUCAUUCCUACCUCUGGCCCAUAUCCUUGAUCGCAUGAUUGAAGAAUACUUCUUCUUUAAGGGCGCUUCCGUUGGCUACUACCAUGGGAAUAUCAAUGAGAUAAAAGAUGACUUGGCCGAGUUGAAGCCCACCUUCUUGGCUGGAGUACCUCGAGUUUAUGAAAGAAUUCAUGAAGGUGUCCUAAAAGCACUUGAUGAACUCAAUCCAUUUAGGAGGGCAGUUUUCAAUCUUCUUUACAACUACAAACUCAAAUGGAUGAAGCUAGGGUUCAAGCACAGAGCUGCAUCACGCCUGGCUGAUUUACUUGCUUUUAGAAAGGUAAAGGCGAGGCUAGGUGGCCGACUUCGUCUAAUAGUUUCGGGUGGUGCAGCACUAGGUAGUGAGAUUGAAGAGUUCUUGAGAGUAACCUCUUGUGCAUUUGUGGUACAAGGAUAUGGACUAACUGAAACUUGUGGGUUGAGCACAAUAUGCUACCCAGAUGAAAUGAGCAUGAUCGGAACAGUUGGAUCCCCAUUUGUAUACACAGAAGUGCGUCUCGAGGAGGUUUCUGAAAUGGGUUACAACCCGCUUGGAAACCCCCCACGAGGAGAGAUAUGUGUCAAGGGAAAAACUAAUUUUGCAGGAUAUUAUAAGAAUCCAGAAUUGACAAGAGAAGUCUGUAAAGAUGGGUGGUUCCAUACAGGUGAUAUUGGAGAAAUGUUGCCUAACGGAGUUAUAAAAAUCAUUGAUAGAAAGAAAAAUCUUAUCAAGCUCUCUCAAGGAGAAUAUGUCGCGGUCGAGUAUCUAGAAAAAAUUUAUGGUAUAGCGCCUAUUAUUGAAGAUAUAUGGGUGUAUGGGGACAGUUUCAAGUCUAUGUUGGUUGCAGUGGUAGUUCCCCAUCAAGAGAACACCUCCAAAUGGGCACAUCAAAAUGGCCAUUUUGGUACUUUUGAAGAACUAUGUUCGCUUGACAAAUUGAAAAAUUAUGUCCUUGUUGAGUUGAAGGCUGUUGCAGAGAGGAAUAAGUUGAGGGGUUUUGAGCACAUAAGAGGUGUCAUUCUUGAGCCACAACUCUUUGAGCUGGGAAAUGACUUGGUGACUGCAACACUGAAGAAAAGAAGAGAUAAAUUGUUCAAGCAUUACGAGGAAGAAAUCUCGAGUCUUUAUGGAACACUCACUCGUGCACCUAAGCAUUAAGUGUUGGUUAUAUCAUCAAGUAUUGCUGAUGUUGAUCUUGUUGCCUCUCUUUUUAUCAGCUCUUUUAGUAGCAAUUACACUCUCUACAUCUCCCUUACAUUCUCAAUCUCCUACUUUUGUGCACAAAUAAAAAAAUUGCAAAGAGAGAACAAAGAUGGGAAAAAAGUAUGUCUUAUCCUUGUUCUCUCUUUGUGCCACAGUAUAAAGCAAUAUUUUUUUCAAUUCUGACACUCAAAAUAAAUAUGGCUCAAAAUCAAAUUAAAUAUUCAUGAUGUUUUGACUGCAUCCGGUAAAUAAAGUUUAAAGAAAGGUAGAUAACCUUACUGGGGUAGAAAGAUAACGGAUUUAAAGAUGCAGAGCAGUCCCUAAGCUUGUCCUAGAAGCAGUUGAUUAGCUUAUAGGAUUACAUUCCAAAACCUUAUCGCCUGAGUUGAACACCCUGUGAUAAUACUUGGCCAAGAAGGUGACUGGAGAAGCAGUAGGAUCAUUAUCAUCCACUGCCUUCAUGGUGAUGAAGAAAAUGAAUCCAGAAACACCAGCAAAAUCCACCUCCACCAACUUGGGAAGCUUAAACUGCGUUCUAUUCUUGAAGUUGUACCAUUCAAGAGCUUCUUUUGCAGCCCUAUAGUGUAUCUCACGGAAGUGACCACCCUCUUUCACACGACAAGCCCCGUGCUGAUCUUCAGAAAUCCUACGCCUCGAUCUCUUUCAUUUCCUGCUGAAUCUUCCGAGGUAAAUCAGGCGGGGAAGGUGAGGGAUUGUAAUAUUCCAUAUCGCCAUAUGGUGGUGGAGAAGGUAUGCUCAGACUAGGGCUGCUGCUACUUUCAGAUUCAUCUUCACUCUCGCCCGCAUGAAUGAUGGUCGAUUCUGAUGCGGGUCAUAUAGAUUCUCUAGGCGGCUUUGCUUUGCAAUUUGGACAAUAGGUGCUUUCCUUCGAUUCACCACGCUGCUUCAUCGGGGUUCAUAAUACGUUUUUGCCAACUCGGGGUAUUCGAAGCGCUUAAAAAACGGAUCCAUCCGCGUUCCGGUGGUCGGAUUACCGGUGCCGCCAUUGUUUGAGUCCGUUCACAAACGAAGAAGGAACGAAAGGAUGUUUAUCGGUGGAACCAUUGACCUGGCGGAAAUCGUUUAGACGAUGGAACAAAGGGAGAAGGGACGGAGUUUGCAGAGACGAAGGGAGCAAGGAGUUCGGUAUGUCUGUUUGGUUUAACAGAAUGGAACACCAAACAGAACUAAAAUGGAACCAUAUGCAAUUGAGGAUGAAUUUAGUAGUAUUUCUUUCGAAUCCUAUUAAAUCAAAUUGAAUCAAAAUUGAUAAAAAACCAAACAAAAUCGAAUCAAAUUAUUAAAAAUAGUAUUUCAUCCGUUUCAUUUUGUUUGUCUUACUUUUCUUUUUGAGUUGUCUCAAAAUCGAUGUCAUGUUUCCCUUUUCGUUAAGAAUUUUGUGGUCCAUACCAUUUUUAUUUCAUUCAAUUUAAAUCUCAACCACAACUUUUAUUUUUCAACUAUUUUAUUAAUAACCGUGCCAAAUUGAAGUGAGACAACCAUUAUAGAAAUGGAGGUAGUAUGAUUUUUGUUUGGUAAUAAUUAUUCAAACUCGUUCCAAACCAAACGAAUCCGGUAAAAACCGAACCGAAAACUAAUAUGCCCACCCCUAGUAAGGACGAUGAGUUUUCGAGCGCAUCAUUUUAAUCGAUGACUUCUCUAGAACCGAUAAAGCAAUAUCGUAAAAAUACAUAUGUGUGUGGGAGUACUUGGGUCAGAGUCUCACUCACUAUCUGUCAACUUGUGAUUAAAAUCAAAUUUAAUUUUUUCAAUUAAUUUUCGGCAGGUGUUGGGGGUUCGUAUUAUAUACCCGGGUGUACGGGUGGGAACCGUACAUCCAGGUUUAUUUGUAAUUUUGUUUAAACUUCAACCCAAUUUCAAUAAAAUUAAAUGAAUACAACAAAUGCCUACAAAAAAAGGCCAACAUUUUAAAUUUCCCGGUGGCAUUUUUGUAAUUAAUGCGAAAAUCGCGGUUUCUAUUAAAUGAAUAUUAGUGCACCGUUGGUGAGUAUCAAACUAAUUCUAGCGAGUAUUAUGAGACUAAUAAUUAAUGAGCAUCGUGAUAUUACAAUAUAUAUGCAACUAAUGUCAAAGUUAACAAUUGAUGCAACUAAAUAGAUGUUUAUACUUUAUAAAAAGUAUCAUAUUGUUUCAAAAACUUCUUUAUAGACCACAUUAUUAAUGAUGUUGAAACACGGCCCUUGUCAUCACAUAUAAGAAUCUUCAACCACUUCUUGAAAGAAAUUCGACUAUCUGGCUGGACUAAUGAUAACUUUGGAAUCAAAACAUUUUGACCAAUACUUUUAGAUAACAGAACCAACGACACGUGAAAAUUUUCAUGUAUACAACCUCACAUAAAGCGCAAAGACCAACAUAUUAGAUAGUUUAUAAAGAAAUACAAAAUAAAUAUGUAUUUAUAUUGCUAAGAUGGAUGUAAUUCAUUCAUAUAUUAAAAACAAAAUGACAUUAAGAUAUUGUAUCUGCA